AUGAACUUAACAGUUUUUGCAAAGCAUCUCAAACUAAAAAUCAGUUUAGCGACAGGACAAUCAGUUGAAUCUUUGACGAAUAGUAUGCAGGAAUAUCAUGAUGUAGUUUCCGAUUCUAAGAAUCCUCUUGCUAAACUAUACUUAUCAAUGUUCAGCUGUUUCAAGAACUCACCUUUGCACCAAGUAAUUAUGAUACAAGUAGCAUGCUCCUGUAACUUGAAGUUCCUUGAGAAAACUUACUUCUGUCAAAGGUAUCUUUUAGAAACUGAAGUAUUUCACAACGAUUUGAUAUGCCUGCCACUUUGUAGUUUCCAACUGAACUUUGAUGUCAAGCUCACAACAAUAGAACAGUUUGAAGACAAUCUGAGACUUUGGGUAUUUCACUGUAUUCAAUAUGAUAUAUGGUAUCCUGCAUAUUUUACAAAGACAUUGACUACACAGGCUGAUUUGGAAGAAAGAAUUGAAAGUUCUUUGGUUUUUAGUCCAGAACUAUUCAAAUUAAACAAGGAUUACGUACCUGAAUUUGAACCUACAAAGCAAAUGUUGAGUCUAGCUCAAUUAGAGAGUGGUAAUAAGGAAGUACAAAUAACCAAUCAACCUAUAUAUAACUUGAAUGUCAACGAUUAUAGUACAGUUAUAUCUAAUUACGAAUAUGGAACACAGAAUACUUCCCAAGAUGACGAAAAACAUGUUGCUGUGGGAUAUGAUAUCGAUGGUUUCAAAGGUUUUCUCAAUGAAACUAAUUUACAGGGAUUCAAAGGCAAAAUUCAACUUAAUUUAGAUACUAAGAUUGAUUGGAAGAUCAGAACAAAACACUUUAUUGCAAUUGACGACGGUGCCUUUGACUUUGCCAAGACAAACUAUGUAUUUUUGGGUAUGUCAACUAUAUCAGAACUUGUUCGUGCUUACAUGUUCGUUGUAUAUGAUACUAAUAAGCUUGAAUCAGCGGUUGCAGAUAUGAUAUUUGAUAUAACGACAGCAAUAUUUACUGAAUCACAGACCACUAAUCCAACAAUAUGUUCCAAUUGGUAUAGCAAGUACGGUAGAACAGUACUUAAUUUAGAUACUAUUUUACUGGCAACAUUAAUUCAGAAACUACGAUCAAAACUAGAGGGAAAUGUUAAGAUCUUCAUAGAAUGUUACGGAUCUAAGAUAGAAUUUCAAAGCACGAACCUUGUACACCUUCUUGAAGAUUUUUCUAACAGGUGCUUUGAUCUUAGAUAUGGUAAUCUAAUACUGGAUAUUUCAAUUAACGCAGUUGUGAAAUCAAACACACGGGAAACAUUAUUUCUUACAAAAGACUCCACAAACGCAAAAAGUAUGGGACUUGAAUCACACUGUCCAUUCUUCAAUAAUUCAAUUAAUAAUGUACAUGGCUGGACAAGUACUUUUACAAAGAAGAAUUCUAAAAUGCAAGCAAAAUUGAAAAUGGGUAAUAUACUCAAAUUUAACAUCUACAACAAUCAUCCAUUUAAGUUCUUAAACCAGAGAGCAUUCAAGAAUUACACUUUUCCAAAGGCAUUACUGCACCAUGCAGUGAACAAUAUGUAUGGCAUAAAAUUCCUAAAGACCGUUAGACCACAAAACCAUCAUAGGAAUAGUUUCAAACAAUUUAUUGCCAACGUUAUGAAUACCCAAGGUGCGAAGGCUAAUUUAAGAAUUGAAAUGAGUGUAUUUGCUUCAAAUUCAUAUGAUGCUGUAACUUAUAUGGUUGCACAAAUCAAAGAUGCCAACUACAAAGUAUUUGAUCAAGCUGAAUUAUCAAGAAUGUGUCUGGAUUUUAGCAAUGAAAUAUUGGCUCUGGUGGAUGUACCUGAACCCUGCUCCAUAAUUUCUACAAUGCGUGGAAUCAUUGCUGAGACCAUACUAUUCAAAAUGUUUUACAGAGACAGUCAUAAUUGUGAUUUUAUAACGAAGCAAUUCUAUAAAAAGAUCAUGGGAUUUAAUUCAAAGGAAGAAAUGAUACACUGGUUGAAAAAUGAACUACACAAUGAACAGUAUGAAUACCUACAAGAACAGUUACAAAUAGUUUACAGAGGGUGGAAUAAGUUCAACAUAUCUUCACAACUUCAGCAAGGCUUCUGUUCAACACUUUUGAAGGAGGAAAUCAAUAUAUUGAAGUGUAAAGAGAAAUAUUGGGAAGGUGAAGAGUGUAAAUUUGAGAUUCUGGUCUUCAAUAAGUUAAUGGGGCUGAUGGUGGAUCAAUGUGGUUCCAGAAAACAACUUGAACAAUAUAAUUUGGCUGAACCUGACAUCUACCACGUAGGAAUAUUUACAUUUGAUGAUUUGUUUAAUGAAUGGUUCAUCAAACAUAGUCGUGUUGAUNUAUCUUCACAACUUCAGCAAGGCUUCUGUUCAACACUUUUGAAGGAGGAAAUCAAUAUAUUGAAGUGUAAAGAGAAAUAUUGGGAAGGUGAAGAGUGUAAAUUUGAGAUUCUGGUCUUCAAUAAGUUAAUGGGGCUGAUGGUGGAUCAAUGUGGUUCCAGAAAACAACUUGAACAAUAUAAUUUGGCUGAACCUGACAUCUACCACGUAGGAAUAUUUACAUUUGAUGAUUUGUUUAAUGAAUGGUUCAUCAAACAUAGUCGUGUUGAUACGAAGUAUGAAUAUUAUAUAUUCUAUACACUCGCAAAACGACUUAAAGAAUUAUUCAUGAAUCAUCAAAUACAUACUUUCUAUAAGAAGAAGAAAGGACCAGGAUUAUAUAAGAUCAUUUAUGACUUCUCGCCAGUAUGCACCAGGCUAUCACUUACAAUUGCUGAAAUUAAGGAGCAAUUCAGAAAUUGCCAUAAUUACUCAUUCAAUGAACAUGAUUCGCAUUAUUCAUGGUUGGUAGAUGUCAUAUUUCAUACCUUGGUGAACAAUGAGCAAGGUAUUUCACUCAAACAGAUGUCUAAGGAGUGCAUUUAUCCGUAUGCUUACCUUCCAGAACAAUCAUAUUAUAGAUACGGAAAAAAUGCGCAUUUCUUGCGUUCAAUUAAGUAUAAGAGGAAUGAACUGUCAGUGAUAUCUUUCAUCAAACACUUGAAUUUUGAAAGAUAUACUUUCAAAACGUUCUACAAGAUAUUGUUACACCUUGGAUUCCGCGUCCAAAAUCGCUCAACUGACGUUAUUAGGUUGCUUUAUCUCCAAUUUAUCUACUACAACAGAACAUAUACCACCAUGCCAGAUGAUGAUUAUUUUGAGGGAUAUCUCAAUCUCCAGGAUGAUUCAAUCAAUUUCUAUAGUUACUUAUUUGUAUUUAACGAAUUGAUUGAAACUGCACAUAUGUAUGAUUGUUAUAAACAAGCUAAGCAUUCCAUCAAGAAUGGUUGUUUUGAAGACUAUAAGAUAAUACAUGAUAACAUCUUUAGCAAGAUACAAGCGAAAUAUGUCUCAUAUCAACAUACUGAACAAAUACUAGGAAANCAUCAAGAAUGGUUGUUUUGA